GCUCCCGGACACCAAUUAAGAAGCAAUCAAGAAUGGAUAUACCUACAACACAACGAUUUGUAUUUUAUACAGACAUGAAAAACGAUAAGAGAAACACGCCAAACAGUUUGUGUUACGCGUUACAAGGGUUAACCAAUGCUCAAAAUUCUGAUAUAACAGAUAUGGGAUUUGAAACUAUUACGUGCUUUAACAUACACAACAUACCGCCGGGUUUAGGGUAUUGGUUGUUGCUCAACUAUGAUCAAAAAAUGAACGAGUUAAACAUUGGCAACCGUAAAAUUAAAAUCACACCCUCAAAGGUUCAUGAUGUUCUUGGAGUGCCUAUGGGGGAAAUUAGCGUCUCUGAAAAGCCAAAGGUGACAAAACGAGACGCUAUUAGAGAACGAUGGAAGAGCCAGUUCGGUAAUGCUUGUAUAACUGUUAAACAUGUGACUGAGAAGCUUAGAUUAUAUCCGCGAGGCGGAAUACUUUUUAAGCUUAACUUCCUUGUUAUCUUCAACUCUAUUAUGGGUGAGACAACUAAGAGUGCAACCGUUAAUCAAAAGUUUCUCACGUCAACCAAUAAUGAAGCCAUACCGAACAUGGAUUGGUGUGGCUAUAUCAUAGCUUGCUUGAAGAGAACUAGAGAGGGGUGGAGUGGUAUAGAGCCCUAUAACGGCCCGUUGACUGUUCUUGCGGUGUUAUACGCACACGAACGGCAACUGAAACGUAGUCCUGAAAAUGCAGUAACUCCAGCGUUACAAUAUGUUACCACUGAUUUCUUGGUUGAUCUUGAGAGGUCCUUGUAUGACAACGGACCGUGUUCGAAUGAUGACAUUAAAAAGGAGGAUCCGUUAACUCCAAAUGUUGAAGAUCACGUUCAGUCACUAGGUCCUGAAGCUCAAGGUCAAACUGAUGAAGGUCAAACUGAUGGAGGGCAAACUGCUAUUGACCAAAAUGUUAAGGUACCUGAUGUAACUUCUGUUCAAACAGAUUCGGUAUUGAACCUAAAGGCACCCAUUGGCCCACGAGGGUCUCAAUCACUGUCUGGAUUAUCAGCUAAUAUAGGACAUUGUAACCGGCUUGAACCGUCUAAAGACAAGAAGAUUGGUAAUAAUAUGGGCAAGAAAAAGAAACGUGGUUGGAGAAACACAAACACUUGCAUACCAAAGAAGAAACUUAAGUUACUGGAUGAUGAUGAUGUUGGUGAUGGUGUCGGUGCCGGUGUAGGCCCCAAGCAGGUGCAAUGUGAGUUGGCUGAAAAUGUGUCUCUUAUGUCAAAUUCUCUGGAAAAGUCGACUUAUCAAAGUGACAUAGUUUGUGUCCAAGGCUACAAAGUGAAGCGAAGUAACGCAACAAUUCUUGAAGCCAUUUUCGAAAAACACGGUGACAUUGCAUCUACCUGCGUAUUCAAAACAUCUUCCACAAGAACACAUUUCCUCGAGGCUGUUUGUGAAGUUGUCAAACGGAUCAAAACCAAUAAUAUGACUGAGAUGGUGGAAGAUAUAGAGUGCCAAGUGUCGGAUGCAGAAGCCGCCAACAUUAAUGUGUCAUGGAUUCGAGCGCACUUUGAAGACUUUAACAAAAGGAAGGAGACCAGUAAAAAGUACAGUUUGCUUUUGGAGAUGAAAUCAAAGACCAGUUUGGCUAAAAGAGCUGCCCAAAUGGAUCUGAGGGAAAGAUGCGCAGAGCUAACCGGUGCGCAACAACGGUUUGAAAAGGCUGAAAGAUGUGUGAAAGUAAUGCAUCUUGUUAAAAACAAUCUAAAUGACAACAUCUUGGAGUCUAAAGCUAAACUAGACUCAUGGGUAAAGCAUCCAGUUGUAUAGGCUAAUUAAUUAGAUCAUGUAAUGGUGUGUAAUUAUUAGAAGUUUGCCAUUAGAUGUCUUGUAUUUUGGUCGAAUGGGGUGAACCCGUUAAGUUUAAACUUUAUGCGUUUUAAACCUUAAAUGAAUAUAAUUAGUAUUUAAUCCUAA